CUGGGGAAAUUAUAGUAGAUCGAACCGCCAUCACUAAUCUGCAGUUUUUUUCUUCUUCUCUUCAUCAACAGACGAUCUGCGACAGAAAACUUCGAAUGGGCAAUAUAGGAGAUGGCGGAUGGGAAAUUUGUGAUGACCCGGAUGUUAGACCCAUACCUCCUUGCAUCGUUUACUCGUUUGGAAUCAAUUACGACUUUUCCUUUGAUGACCAGGCGUCUAGUUUGUAUGGAUGUCACGUCUUUUCCUUUGAUCCCAGCAUGAAAAAGUUUCCGGAUAAGAAGAACAGAUCACCACUGGUGCACUUCUAUAAAGUAGGACUGUCUAAUACAACAGCCACAACAAGCAAAAAGUGGGCGUUAAAAACUUUCACUGACAUCAGAGCCAUGUUAGGACAUACCACCACAAACAUAGACAUCGUUAAAAUGGACAUCGAGAAUUCUGAGUGGCUAGCGCUGCCAGAGAUGAUCAACUCUGACCAGUUGACCACAGUCCGACAGCUCAUGGUAGAGUACCACGUUGAGGAGUCAACGCGCCCGUUUCUAUUGUCCAGCCUUCAGACAAUCCAAGCUGUUGAAAAGGCCGGAUUUAAGAAAUAUUAUGUGCAUAAAAAUCCUGUUUGUGUUGAGAGAAUUGAAGGUUUUCCUAUUGCAAGAAGUCAUUGUUAUGAAGUUCAUUAUAUCAGGAGAUAA